AUGACUUCUUUCGAGACAAACUCACCAUUUUCCUACGUUCAACAAGGCAAAGACAUUCUCCAUGAGAUUGUAUUCUACCUUCCUGGUGAGGAUGGUGCUGAUCGUGAACGAAAGGCAAAGGUUCCAAUUUAUCUUGGCAACACCAAGAAUCUUGAGUCCUUUUGCACAAUGUUUCUCUCCUUCAAGAACCUCUGCAAACAUUGGAGUCUCACAGGCAAUACUAAUGCCGUUGGUGCUCUCAAGUUCGCUCUCUUUGAAUAA